AAAUGUGCCAGUUGAAGAGGAAGUAAUAGUACACACUUGACGAAUGUUGCAACUUUUUAGUAAUUGAAUGGAAUGUCGACGCUUUUGAUGUUCGUGAAAGUCUGCGUCAAAAGAGCAACGGUAGAAGUGAACCAAACAAGUUUGGCCAUAAGUGGCACUGCCACUGGCAGGAAGGCAACGCGUCCGCGUCUGUUAUAGGACCUCGCGCCAACGUCAUCUGUAUAUUUCCUAGCCUCACCUUUUACCUUUUACAACAGACAUUCAUCAUGGCAAGUGCUGACGGUGGUGCAUACAGUUAUUCCCUCACUGUCUUCUCCCCAAGCGGGAAGUUGGUACAGAUAGAGCAUGCACUGGCAGCCGUCUCGCAAGGGACUACUAGUCUUGGUAUCAAAGCUUCGAACGGCAUCGUGAUCGCAACGGAAAAGAAAUCAUCAUCCAUCCUCGUAGACGACUCAGUCAUCGACAAAGUGGCCAUCGUUUGCCCAAAUAUCGGCCUAGUAUACUCUGGAAUGGGUCCUGACUUCCGUGUCUUGUUGACCAAAGCUCGUAAGAGUGCACAGGCAUACUGGAAGUUAUACGGCGAAUACCCACCUACGAAGGUAUUGACUCAGGAAAUUGCUACCGUCAUGCAGCAGGCGACGCAAUCCGGAGGUGUGCGACCGUUUGGUGUAUCGCUGUUGGUAGCAGGAUGGGAUAACAACCGGGGGCCUAGUCUGUACCAAGUAGAUCCAUCUGGCUCAUUCUGGGCCUGGAAAGCCAGUGCUAUUGGCAAGAACAUGACAAACGCGAAGACAUUCUUAGAGAAACGAUACAACGACGACAUAAGCUUGGAAGAUGCCAUUCACACCGCCCUACUAACGUUGAAGGAAGGGUUUGAGGGAGAAAUGACAGAAAAGACGAUCGAGAUCGGUGUUGUGACGGUGCCUACUCUGGCGGAACUGGAAGAAGGAAAGAUAGGCGGAGAGACUGGCCGACCAAAGCCGACUUUCAGGAAGUUGAGCGAAGAAGAAGUGAGGGACUACCUGGCGUUGUAGUGAUUAGAAACUUGUAGCUUAUGGAUCGUUGGCGUAUAACUGAUGACCUUCGACGUCAAAACUUGAACCACGCAUAAAUCUACUACAUCCAUAUUGAGGCGCAUACCAGUGACUGUAUACAAGACUUUUAAGUCGUGUCUGUGUAGCUUUUGAAUGAGUUUUUCUCCGAAUCACAUUGAAGUCUAAAUCUAAAAA